UCAAGACACAAUUUUCCAAUCUCUUGCGACCUAAGCUGGGUGACCUCAGGCUGGUGAGUUCGCUCUUCUCAGCCUCAGUUUUCUUACCUGCAAAUGGGCGACAACACCUAAGGAGUUGCAAGACGGUUUAUAGGUAAAAAGAACAAAGCUCCUGCUUAAGUAUGUCACCUCAGGAAAGAUCCUUCCCUUGUUGGUCCGUUGUUUCCUUAAUACUUUGGGGCCAGCCGUGGCAACUAGCUGCAAUGGACGAGAGUUUGAGACUCUGCGCACAGUUCCUAGAACGGUACUGGUGACACUUGUCCGCUCCAGGGUACUUGAUAAGAAGAAGAAUGCCGGCGAACAUUCCCUGGGUUGCUGCGGUUGAUUUAUGAAACUUUGGGAGAAGAGAGAAUAAGAAACCCGACCAGGAGACUGGCCGGCUGCGGAGUCCCCUGCCCCGCCACGAGCCUGGCCCGGCGCCGCCUCGCCCCACCCCUGCGAAGCCGAGCAGCAAGUUCCGGGCAGCGGCGCCCUCGGGCCUCCCUCCCUCCCUUCCUCUCUCCCUCUACGCCUCCAGCUGUGCCAGCUGCGCCAGCUGCGCCAGAGUCCAGACAGUCGGCAGCGCCCGCACAGGUGUCAGCGGCCCCGUCGCCGUGCAGAUAUUGCAUGCCAGUGAUUCGUCGCCGAGUUACCACCCCCAUUUGGAACAAGUACUGCUCUAUCAACUGAUGAGAAAUAAAAUCUGUAGCUUUCCAGGUGACGAUCACCUUUCAUUUUCAGCAAGCUUACGAACCACUUGUUGUAGCUGCGCUUCAUUGUCUUGUGGCCCCAUUGCUUUGACUGUCUGAAGUUAACAUGUCCCUGAAAAACGAGCCAAGGGUAAAUACCUCUGCACUGCAGAAAAUCGCUGCCGACAUGAGCAAUUUGAUAGAAAAUCUGGACACUCGGGAACUCCACUUCGAGGGAGAAGAGGUGGAAUACGAUGUGUCUCCCAUGGAUCCCAGGACUCAGGAAGGAUAUAUCCCUUUCUCUGCUAUCUAUAACACUCAAGGCUUUAAGGAGCCUAACAUACAGACAUAUCUCUCCGGCUGUCCAAUAAAAGCACAAGUUCUGGAGGUGGAGCGCUUCACGUCUACGACAAGGGUGCCAAGUAUCAAUCUAUACACUAUUGAAUUAACACAUGGGGAAUUUAAAUGGCAAGUUAAGAGGAAAUUCAAGCACUUUCAAGAAUUUCACAGAGAGCUGCUGAAGUACAAAGCCUUUAUCCGAAUUCCCAUUCCUACCAGAAGACACACGUUUAGAAGACAGAACGUCAGAGGGGAGGAGCCUCGAGAGAUGCCUAGUUUGCCCCGUUCAUCUGGAAACAUGAUUCGAGAAGAACAGUUCUUUGGUAGGAGGAAACAACUAGAGGAUUACCUGACAAAGAUACUAAAAAUGCCCAUGUAUAGAAAUUAUCAUGCCACAACAGAAUUCCUUGACAUAAGCCAGCUGUCUUUCAUCCGCGAUUUGGGACCAAAGGGCCUAGAAGGUAUGAUCAUGAAGCGAUCUGGGGGACACAGAAUACCGGGUUUGAAUUGCUGUGGUCAGGGAAGAGCCUGCUACCGAUGGUCCAAAAGGUGGUUAAUAGUGAAAGACUCCUUCCUGCUGUAUAUGAAGCCAGACAGCGGAGCUAUUGCCUUCGUCCUGCUGGUAGAUAAAGAAUUCAGAAUCAAGGUGGGGAAGAAAGAGACAGAAACAAAAUAUGGACUUCGAAUUGAUAAUCUUUCAAGGACGCUUAUUUUAAAAUGCAACAGCUACAGACAUGCUCGGUGGUGGGGAGGAGCUAUAGAAGAAUUCAUCCAGAAACACGGCACCAACUUUCUCAAAGAUCAUCGAUUUGGGUCAUAUGCUGCUGUACAGGAUAACACCUUAGCUAAAUGGUAUGUUAAUGCCAAAGGAUAUUUUGAAGAUGUGGCAAAUGCAAUGGAAGAGGCGAAAGAAGAAAUUUUUAUCACAGAUUGGUGGUUGAGCCCAGAAAUCUUCCUGAAACGCCCAGUGGUGGAAGGAAAUCGUUGGAGGUUGGACUGUAUUCUUAAACGAAAAGCACAACAGGGCGUGCGGAUCUUCAUCAUGCUCUACAAAGAAGUGGAGCUGGCCCUGGGCAUCAACAGUGAGUACACCAAGAGGACUUUAAUGCGGCUGCACCCCAACAUAAAGGUGAUGAGGCACCCGGAUCACGUGUCCUCCAGUGUCUAUCUGUGGGCUCAUCAUGAGAAGCUUGUCAUCAUCGACCAAUCGGUAGCCUUUGUGGGCGGGAUUGACCUGGCCUAUGGAAGGUGGGAUGACAAUGAGCACAGACUCACAGAUGUGGGCAGCGUGAAGCGAAUCACUUCGGGACAAUCUCUUGGUUCUCUCACGGCUGCAACAACAGAGUCUAUGGAAUCUUUAAGCCUCAAAAAUAAAAAUGAAUCUAAUAAAAAUGUGCCCAUCCUGAAGAAUGUUGAUGAUAUGGAUUCGAAACUGAAAGGAAUAGGAAAGCCAAGAAAGUUCUCCAAAUUUAGCCUCUACAGGCAGCUCCACAAGCAUCAGCUGCACAACGUGGACAGCGUCAGCAGCAUUGACAGCGCCUCCAGUUAUCUUAAUCACUAUAGAAGUCAUCAGAAUUUAAUCCAUGGUUUAAAACCCCACUUGAAACUCUUUCGCCCUUCGUGUGGGUCUGAGCAGGGGCUCACUGGGCCCAGCGACGACACUGGCUCCAUCCGCAGUUUGCAGACAGGCGUGGGAGAGCUCCAUGGGGAGACCAGAUUCUGGCACGGGAAGGACUACUGCAAUUUUGUCUUCAAAGACUGGGUUCAACUUGAUAAGCCUUUUGCUGAUUUCAUUGACAGGUACUCCACUCCCCGGAUGCCCUGGCAUGAUAUCGCCUCUGCGGUCCACGGGAAGGCUGCUCGUGAUGUGGCACGUCACUUCAUCCAGCGCUGGAACUUCACGAAGAUUAUGAAACCAAAGUAUCGGUCUCUUUCUUAUCCCUUCCUGCUUCCAAAGUCUCAAACCACAGCCCAUGAGCUGAGAUAUCAGGUACCUGGGGCCGUCCAUGCUCAUGUGCAGUUGCUCCGCUCUGCUGCUGAUUGGUCUGCUGGCAUAAAGUACCAUGAAGAGUCCAUCCAUGCUGCUUACGUCUAUGUGAUAGAGAACAGCAAGCACUAUAUCUACAUUGAAAACCAAUUUUUCAUAAGCUGUGCUGAUGACAAAGUAGUAUUCAACAAAAUAGGCGAUGCUAUCGCCCAGCGGAUCCUGAAGGCUCACAGGGCACCUUCUCAUAGAAGCACUUGUGCUGUUUGUACUUGGAUUGGGAUUAUACCCACACAUACUGCAGUCAGAAUUGGUUGUUUUGAAACCUCCAUAAUUAUUUCUUUGCAUACUUUCAGAACCAUGUGCAGAGGAGAAAAUUCCAUCCUUGGACAGUUAAAAACAGAGCUUGGUAAUCAGUGGAUAAAUUAUAUUUCAUUCUGUGGUCUUAGAACACAUGCAGAGCUUGAAGGAAACCUGGUCACUGAGCUUAUCUAUGUCCACAGCAAGUUGUUAAUUGCUGAUGAUAACACUGUUAUUAUUGGCUCCGCCAACAUAAACGACAGAAGCAUGCUGGGGAAGCGUGACAGUGAAAUGGCUGUCAUUGUGCAGGACACAGAGACGGUCCCUUCGGUAAUGGACGGAAAGGAGUACCAAGCUGGCCGGUUCGCCCAAGGACUUCGGCUCCAGUGCUUCAGGGUUGUCCUUGGCUAUCUUUCUGACCCAAGCGAGGAUAUUCAGGAUCCAGUGAGUGACAAGUUCUUCAAGGAGGUGUGGGUUUCAACGGCAGCUCGAAAUGCUACAAUUUAUGAUAAGGUGUUCCGGUGCCUUCCCAAUGAUGAAGUACACAAUUUAAUUCAGCUGAGAGACUUUAUAACCAAGCCCAUAUUAGCAAAGGAAGAUCCCAUUCGAGCUGAGGAAGAACUGAAGAAGAUCCGUGGGUUCUUGGUGCAGUUCCCCUUCUAUUUCUUGUCUGAAGAGAGCCUACUGCCGUCUGUUGGAACCAAAGAAGCCAUAGUGCCCAUGGAGGUGUGGACUUAAGAGGUGUACUCAUUUGCAGCCAAGGACUUCCACCCUGAAAACCACACUGCGUGCAGUGACUUCAUGGGGACCUCACAGCCACAGCCAGGCCUGAUGCACUUUUGUGUGCAACACGUGGACCCUUUGGAAUGGCCGGGAGGGGUCACAAUCGAACUGAUGUAAGGACACUGAACAUCAGCAAGGCUUUGUCGGUCCUCCUGUCCAUCCUCAUGAGCGGAGGCUACUCUCUCAUAGGUAGCAUGCACUCGAUAACUUAAAACACAUACAGGAAUUCCAUAAUGUAUACCCCAAUCUGUUUCCUUUGCUAACAAGAAUUUACCUGUAACCGUAACUGUAACUGUGAUGAAGUUUGCCAUAUAUUUGCCCUUUUCUCUCUGAUCUUCCUUUGUAUAUAUCCAGUAUCUGUGGGACCUGCCCUCAUCUUGUAGUCUGCACAGCACUGUUUGAGAUAUCAUUUAUUGCUAGAAGGUAUUAGGGAGCUGUUUCAAAAUUCUUCAAGGUUAUGUGUGAUGCCCUUGCCCAUCUGGUCCUGAAGUAGUAGCAUCCAACCCAGGAUACGGUCAUUAUUCCUUUUCAGUCACUGUAGGGACAGAACAGACUUCAGUCUACCCGGCAGCCUGUGUCAGGUACUUCUGAUAGCAUUGACAAUAUAUCUCGACAUCGCAGAACAACAGGAAGGAAUUAAAUUCCUCCAAUAUUGGAGGAGAGAUUUAACUUGGCUCCCAAAGACACCGCAAAGAUGUGUCCUUGUGACAGAACCCACCUGAUCAAAUUUGAAAACGUGUAGGAUAUUCGAUUACACAGCAACCAGAUAAAAGAGUACACAGCCUUCAGAAACUCCAAGAUGUCAGCAGGAAUCAGAUCCAGAUAAGAAAAGAAGAUCCCCUUAAAGUCCUGUAAAAAAAUUUCCUGACAUCUUUAGCCACUGGAUUGAUUGAAAUUUGAAUUUCUCUGUUUCAUAAUUAAACCAGUGAAUGCAAUUUGUCUUUCAAGAGAAUCACAGGCUUCAUAAAUCCUACCAAGUUAAUAAGUAGGAAGCUCACCUUAUUUGACAUUAAACUCUCCCAGUAUGCUAUCUUCCUUAAGAAAAAAAAAUAAUUGAUGAUAAAAUAUGUGCUUCGUUGCUUGCAUUAUUAAAUGUACAUUAACAUUCCACCAGGUCUUCUGAAAAAGUUAUGAUACUUUCUAAUUCACAUUGUCCUAGUCUGUGAAUUGUUCUGGAAACCCAUGUCCCCUUUCAGAUGGCGUGGUAGACCAAAGCUCUAAUUUUUCUAGGCAGAACUACUACUCUGACAGCCCCAAGAGGUAAGGUAGGUUCCCAAGAGGCCUGUGACCAUGGAACAUGGUAUAGGUGUGGGCAUUACAUACAUCAGUGGGUUGCCAGGACAGAACCUCCUUUGGGUUGCUCUUCAAACAAAGCACCCAGUUCCUGUUUUUGUGAGCUAAUAUUCCAGUCAAAAAGAUUAUACAGGACCACAAAGUCAGUGAUAUAGCUUAGUAGGAGAGAGAGAGGGUCACACUCAAGACAGGAUUUCACAGCUAGAGAUCAUUUCCCAAGUAAGGUGGGAUUUUGUGACCAACAAUGGAAUUAAAUGUUUUUAUGAAUAAAUAACUUAUUUCUCAUAGCAAAAGAUGGUAAAAGGACUUCACUCUACAGCCAUUGUAAAUAAGAUAUCUUAUAUUGCUGGAAGAAGUUAGAUUGGCAUUCGAAGUAUUGAGUGUAUGUAGAAUACCUAAGAAUUUCUUUUAUUUAAUCUUAAGUAUUUUUUAAACUUUAGAACAGUCAACAAACUGGCUCUUGAUUUUGUACAAGAUGUUCUCAUAAAACCAUAGAAAAUGGAAGGGCCUGAAAGGUCCAUUUUCCUUAAUAAGCCAUUUAAUUCAAAUGCUCCCUAUUUUCUAGAUGACGAAACUGAGGCUCAGACUGAAUGAAGGACUGGCUUCAACCCACCCAAUAUAUACAUGGUGGAACCACAUUCUGUUCUUGGCCUCUCUUCACUUCAUCCAAUACCCAAAAAUAACAAUAUAUAAUAAAUAGCUUUCAGAUGGUAUAGAUUUAAGCUAUUUUGAAGGUUGUAACCUUAUGUAUUCAUGUGUUGUUCACCUAGUAGAAUGGAAGCUCCACAGGGCAGGGACUUCACUGUAUGUUGAUCACAGUGUGUUCCCAGAGCCUGGACAGUGCCUGGCUUAUAGAAGAUGUCAGUCAAUGUUUGUGGAUUGAAAAAAAAAAUGAGGUAAAGGAGAAAGCUAUGAGAUGAAGAAAAUUACUGCAUCUUGGGCAAGAAAUCACUGCUGGUUUCUAUGCAUCUACUCAAAGGCAAGAUGCAGAUCUGGGAAGAGGCAACAAGAUUUCCAUGGAGGGAUCAUAUGGAAAAUUCAGUGCAAUAAUUGCCUCUUUUGCAGUAGCCGUUUACAUAGUGCAACAUUCUACCAAGAAUACAUGGAAUGUGGGCAUGAGAUGUACUGUAUGAACUAAUUACCUGUCAUUCUCUGACACCACAACUAAUUGCUAGAAAUUCAGAUAAUUUAACAUUGCAAUAUCUGAUAAAAACUUUAAAGUGUAAAUAAUUUAAAGCCUUGAAAAGCUAUGAUGAUUCUGUUCAACAUUUCAAAUUGACUAUACUCUUUUGAAAUGCCUAUAAAUGCCAUACCUGACACUCUGCUAA